CUUCUCCACAACCAAAAUCAAUCAUCCAUUCUCUGUUCCUCCAAAUAUGUCCACACCAACCGUCGUCGAAUUGGAUUUCUUCGCCAUGGAAAAUCACGCCACCACCACCGCCACCUCCAGGUCCCGUCGGCAGACUCUCUUCCGCCGCCAGAGAAGCCUCAAAGAUAUUCAGAGCGCCAUUUCGAAGAUCAAGCCUGAGAUUCUGAAAUCUGUAAUCGCCUCUGAAAAUCGCACCACCGAUUGCCGCAAUCGGAUCGCUCCUCCGACUCCUGAAUUUGCCGAUCACAAUCUCUCCCCUACCUCCUCCAGGAUGACUCCACAGAACGCUCCUCUAACCAUUUUCUACAACGAAACCGUUGCCGUUUUCCACGUUUCUCGAGAGGAGGCCGAAAGCAUUUUGACGUUUGCUGAAAAGAGAAGCUGCAGUGGCAAGCUGGGUGAGAGAGGGAGAUCAACGGCUGAGAUUCCUUCAAAUGAGUCCCAACAACUAGUAGACGUUGAUCCUAAUCUUGAAGAUCAGGAUCUUCCAUUGGCAAGGAAAAGGUCACUUCAGAGAUUUUUGGAGAAGCGCAAAGAAAGAGUUUCAGUGUUUUGAAGUAUCCACAGUGUAAAGCUCGAAAACAAUGAUGAAGAAGUUACGUCGGAAAUAAAUUUUCUUCUUGAUGAAGA